CACCGUUUUUUUGCGCAGGCGCAGUGUAUCAACAGUAGGUUCACGCGGGACCUGAUGCACACAGCUGAACGUUAUGCGUUGUUAACACUACAACGGUCUCUGGUCAAGUUCCGGUCAGUCUCCGUGAGGCCUUACGGUUCCGGUUAAAGCUCCCGGUGAACGCUCCGGUUAACCGACAGUUUCUGCAGUCGUUAACAACCACAGAAGAAGAAGAGAUGGCGCCGGUGUCAGACAGAGGAGGUGGGAGGAGCAAAGGGAGGGAGCUGUCUCUGGACGACUGUCGUUGUCCGGUGUGUCUGGAGAUCUUCAUGGAGCCAGUGACGCUGCCCUGCACACACACCUUCUGCAAGGAGUGUUUCCUGGAGACGGUUGAUAAGGCCACGCUGUGCUGCCCGAUGUGCAGGAAGAGAGUUUCCACGUGGGCUCGUCUGAACAGCAGGAACAACACGCUGGUCGACCAGCAGCUGUGGACGCACAUUCAGACUGCCUUCCCUCUGCAGUGUCAGCGCCGCCUUAGUGGGCAGGACACCAUCACCGAGGAUGACCCUGGAGUGUCUGUGUGUUUUCCCAGAGUCAGUCAGCCUGGAGAGCUGAAGAGAGAAUAUGAGGACCAGGUGACUAAACUGACAGAGGAGAAGCGAGCGAUGGAGGAGGAGGAGCAGAGGGCCAGUGAGGAGUACAUCCAGAGACUGCUGGCUGAGGAGGAGGAGCUUCUGCAGGAGGAGAGGAGGAGGCGUGAAGAUGACGAGAGGCUCGCCAGACUGCUGAGUAACCAGCUGAACUCGAAUCCCGUCUCCCAGGACAACCUCGGUGCCGCUGACGUCACUCCAGCAAAAAAGAAGAAGAAGAAGGAUGUCAGCGGGGGACAGAUGGACAAGUUCUUGUGUCCUCUUCCCUCCAACAACAGCUCGUCCUCGUCCCUGUCCUCUCGCUGCAGCUUCGUGUCCAACAAGGAGAACAUAAUGGUGUCUCAGGUGGAGCGUCCCCUCCCUAACCUGGACUAUUAUGGUCCUCAAAGGGACAGAUCAGAACCUCCGUCUGUCUCCGUGGACGACCAGCUCCACCCAGGGACACACAGGAGUCACGUGACUGGAGACAAGAGGAAGAGCUCUGAGCUGGACAUGAUAGAGGACGAGGAGGAGACGGUCACCAAACGAGGCUCGCUCCUCUCGCCCUCCUCCUCCUCCUCCUCCUCCUCCUCUCUGCAGGUGGAGGUCCUUCAGGGGGUCUCUGAGUGGGAGGUGGAGCAGCUGAGGAGACGUCAGCAGGAGGAGGACGACCGGCGUCUUGCUCUGCUCCUGCAGAAGGAGUUGGACCAGGAGGAGAAGCAGAGAGCCACCGACCGACGCAAAGACUCCUCCGACCCCUACCUGCUCCGCCCAAACAGCCGGGGGAAGGUGGAGGCCACCUCCUCCUCAAGGACCUCCCCAACCUCCUCCUCUAAGACCUGCUCCACCUCCCCCUCCACAAGGACCUCCACCCCCUCCUCUAAGACCACCUCCUCUACAACGACCCCCACCCCCUCCUCCACCUCCUCCUCAAGGACCUCCUCCACCUCCUCCUCUAAGACCACCUCCUCUACAACGACCCCCACCCCCUCCUCCACCUCCUCCUCAAGGACCGCCUCCACCUCCUCCUCUAAGACCUCCUCCACCUCCUCCUCUAAGACCUCCUCCACCCCCUCCACCUCCUCCUCAAGGACCUCCUCCACCUCCUCCAGCAGAGGCAGCAAACAGGCCACUCUGACUGAGAUGUUCUCUAGCCUGAUCAGCUGAACCCUCUGUGUCCUCCUGUGUCCCUGUAUGUCCCUCUGCCUGUCUGUGUCGGUCUCUCUGUGUGUCUGUCCCUCAGUCUGUCCCUCUGUGUGUCUCUGUCUGUGUGUCUAUCUAUGUCUCUGUCUGUCUCUCUGUGUGUCUCCAUCUGUGUGUCCCUCUGUCUGUCCUUCUGUGUCUGUCCCUCUGUGUGUCUGUCCCUCUGGGUGUCUCCGUCUGUCCCCCUGUGUGUCCCUCUGUCCGUCCCUCUGUCCGUCCCUCGGUGUCUGUCCUUCUGUGUCGGUCCCUCUGUCUGUGCCUCUGUGUCCCUCUGCCUGUCCCCUCUCUGUGUCUCUGUCUGUCCCCUCUGUGUUUGUCACUCUGCCUGUCCAUCUGUGUCUCUGUCUGUCCCUCUGCCUGUCCCCUGUGUGUCUGUCCCUCAAUCUGUCCUCAGCCUGUCCCUCUGUCAGCAGACACAGACCCGUUAAUCAAACCUGCUCUUUAUUUUAGUCAAACUGUAACGAAGCUCUUCAGCCCUGCCUUAUUUUUUAUUACCAUGGAGACACUACGAGGACAACAGUAUGUGGACAUCUGAACUGUCCCUCCUGUCUCACAUUACAGUUCAUGGCGGACAUGGUCAUGAACUUCAUCAACACUGACACUGGUGUGAUGUCAUAAAACAUUUCUGAUGGAGCAGUUUUGUGUUGAAACAGAGACAAAGACAAACUGUCCUCAUACUGGUAUCCACCAGGGGAUGUCUGUGUUUGUCCAAACAGGAAGCAGAGACACUGCGUCCUCUGAAGCUGACACACUUUUUGGUUUAAAUGUUUAUUUUUUGUAAACAAGUUGUUUCAAAUAAAGUUUUGGAGCAGAAAGAUUCACUGAUGUCACUCUA